CUGGCCUUGCAUGGUGCCCGGUGCCUGGCGUCCGGGGCAGCUUCCCCUCACAACCACCUCUGCCAUCGUUGCAUUUUCACAGCAGCGAGGCCAGAGCUCAGGCGGGUGCUAGCUAUACUGCUCACUUCGGGCCUAAUUAUGCAGGGACUGGGGAAGACCGAGAGGGGAGAGCCGGGCCGAGACAUUGACCUGACAUCGCUGAGGUCCACCAUGCCAGCCAGCGGCCCUCUGCAGGGAGGGUCACCCCCUAACUUGAACAUGAACCUGUACGCCACCAAGAAGACGGCAGCUGAGGGCAUGUUGGAUAUCGCCCUGUUCCUGGCCAACAUCACACACAUGAAAACUGUCAUUGAACAGGGAGCUGGCUACAGGUAUUAUGCCGCCGUCCUGACGCUCCUAUCCUUCUCCCUGGCUCUUCAGAUUGUAGCCGGAGUCCUGAUCAUCAUAAUUGCCCGGCGAGAUGUCAGCGAAGAGGCCAACCAGAAGAGACUUGACAGCUUGAACAACAUCGUAACCAUCCUCAUCUUCCUCAUCUUCGUCACCAACAUCUUCAUCUCUGUCUUUGGGAUGGAGCGCACGGGCCUGUUUGCCAGGAUGCACUUCUGA